CAAUUUUCAGAUUUCAAACUUCAUCUCAGUUGAAAGUUCUCUUCUUUCUAUCAUCCAAUUCCAAUUCUAAUCUCUACCUCAACUUGACAUGGCAACUCGAUCUUGGUUCAUGUUUAACUCGAAUUGUUCUUUAUCGCAAAGUGUCCAAUGUCGUACCAUGUCAUCUUCUAGCAAUCUUUGGCAUACGAACUCGGCCAAGCUGAUUCGAGAACAUGCGAGGGAAAAGCUGAAACUCAUCGAUCAAGAUAGCAAAGUUGACCAUCCUAAAGUGUCACCAAAUUUGAUCGAUACAUUCGGACGAAAACAUACUUAUCUCAGAAUCUCUUUAACUGAGCGUUGUAAUUUAAGAUGUCAAUAUUGUAUGCCUGAAAAUGGUAUUCCUAAAUCACAAUUAACUCCAACUUCAAAACUCAUGACAACACCUGAAUUAUUAAACAUCACAGAAAUCUUGGUUCGUCAUGGUAUUAACAAGAUCCGAUUUACAGGUGGUGAACCAAGUUUAAGAUCUGAUUUACCUGAUAUCAUUCAUAAAGUUAAUCAACUGAAUGGUAUCAAAUCGAUUGGAAUGACUAGUAAUGGAAUCCUUUUGAAACGUCGACUAAAGAGUUUAAUUGACGCUGGGCUUACAAAUCUUAAUUUGAGUCUUGAUACAUUAGAUCCUUUCAAAUUCGAAUUAUUGACUCGUAGAAAAGGUCAUCAUGUAGUCUUGGAUUGUCUUGAUCAAGCUUUAAACUAUUUGAAACCUCAUCCAACAAACCUUGCGGUCAGUGAUGCUUCAAGUGUUUCAGCUUUGGAUAGUGUUAAACUUAAUGUGGUGGUGAUCAGAGGCUUAAAUGAUGAUGAAAUCAAUGAUUUCGUGAGCUUGACUGAAAAGAAAGCAGUACAAAUUAGGUUCAUUGAAUAUAUGCCAUUUGAAGGAAAUGCUUGGUCAAAUAAGAAAAUGGUACCAUAUUCCGAAAUGUUGGCUUCUAUCAAAUCAAUAUUUCCCGAUCUGCUUACUCUAGAGACAGAUGUGAAUGAUACCACAAAACACUAUCAAGUUCCUGGAUUCAAAGGUCAAAUCGGCUUUAUCAGUAGUAUGUCUGAUCACUUUUGUGGAGGAUGUAACCGUUUACGAUUAGGUGCUGAUGGUAAAUUAAAAGUCUGUCUCUUUGGUCCUCCAAAAUUAUCUAUCCUUCCUUACUUGAGGGAUCCCGAUCACCCACGGCAUGUCGUAGAUAAGGCCUACAAACCGUACUUCUCUAGGUACUCUGGUCGAAUUCGAAGUCAAAUCAAAUACACCACUGGCCACCAAUCUUCAGGUUUAGGCUUACUUCCAAAAUCUCAUAUAUCAUCCAUUUCAGGCUCUUCGACUUCUCUCACGUCUCGCAUUCCCGUAUACCGACAAUACCAUUCUCCACCCAACAUAUUGACACACAUUGAUAGUACCACAGGAAAACCAAAGAUGGUAGACGUGUCUUCCAAAGAGAUCACCAAAAGAAGUAGUAAAGCCAUCGGUUUUGUUGUCGUACCAAUCCGAAUCCGAUCACUUGUUGAUCCGAAUUUCGAAUCCAAUAAUCAAACCGAAACAAACAAUCAUCAUAAUUUGAAUUCCAAUCCAAAAGGAAACCCAUUGAUGGUAGCACAAAUCGCAGGCAUUCAAGCCAUCAAAAAAACAUCUGAAUUAAUUCCACUUUGUCAUAAUUCGAUUCCUUUAAGUCAUAUAGAAAUCAACAUUGAGAUCAUUGAACCCAAAGAAACUGAUCAAGAGAUGAAACUCAAAGUCGAAUGUAAUGUGAAAUGUGAAGGAAAGACGGGAGUCGAAAUGGAAUCUUUGAUGGGUGUUAGUAUCACUUGUUUAACUCUUUGGGAUAUGUUGAAGGCUUCUUGUGGGAAAGAGAUGUGGAUUGAAAAGGUUAGGGUUGUGGAAAAAAAGGGUGGUAAACAUGAUUUUUGUUUAUGAUUUUGUGAAUGUACUUUGAUGAUUGGGGGACAUUUGUAGGACAGAAUUGUGGUUUUGUUUGGAUGUUUUUUAGUCCUUGUUUCGUAUCAAUGUUUACAUGUAAUUUGCAGAGGU